AUGGAGGUGUGCAUGAGUGCCGAAUACGGCAUGCUGGAUGCUUGCGUUCGCAGCCAUGAAGUUUCGAAUGACGAAAUGACAAGAUGCGCAUGCGCUGUUUGCCAAAUUCCAAUCGCCAUGAAGUUUGCCGCCUUCCUCUUUGCAACGAUCUCCGCGGCUGCGCGCCUGCAGCAAACCUCAGAGGAGUCACACGAUUCUUUGGACCAGGUGGUCCGCCCCCCGCGGCUGGAGGAGAAGCGGUCGUGCGCCGGAGGCGUCCUGGUCGCUGGGCGACGACGUGAAUGGAUCGACCAUUCAAGAAGAGUUGGUGAAGUUUUUGGACAAGGACCAGCAAAAAGCAGGCCACAAGAAGGAGGCCCCUGA